CACUGGCUGCGCUGCGCUAUGGCUAUUCCUCUUCCCUCCUUGUUCUCGUACUAAUAUCCCUCAGCAGCACAAUAGGCCAGGCGCCUCUAUCACAAUGACUUGUCCACAAUCAACCAUCUAACAAUCUUGCUGACCAUUCACAGCUAUCGACCGGAGCGUUUCAUGCCUACCGAGGCCAGACAAUGGCUUCACGCCUUCACACCGACACCGAUGCCGUUGCAAAUCCCCCUUGUCGUUGCCGAUGACCCCGGACGAGGUCGAGACACCAAACCGAGUCAUUCGGGUACAGCCCAAGCCGCCACCCAUGACGCCCGCGUUCCACACUACUGAUUAUACUUGCGCCAUAGUCGACGAGCCUGCUGCAUGCUGAUGCUCACGCUUGACCUUUUCCUGACCUUCUCCUUGCUGCUUCAGCCCGUCGAGUAUCCUGUCCACCUACACGUCUUCCGCGCCCCGGGCACAAAAAAUUCAGGCUCGACCGCGGCCAUGCUGAAGCCAAUUUCAAAAUAACCAAGCACACCGGCGGCCCUCAUACCUAUGCAUUUGGCUGCGAAAUUGCCCUCGGUGGCCUUUUCAUCCUCCGCAGGACCGCCGUGUCCUGCUGUAGAGGCUCACUACGUUGCAACGGCCUCCACCAAAUCAUCACCUCCCGCAACUCCCCCCUGUUUAUGUCUCUCACAACUUGCUCCGUCCUCGUUCCCUCAACAGCCACUCCCGUCCGCCGCUCGCUUUCUAGAUCCCGCAACUAAAGACCAAGAGGCACGGCACAAUGGCCAAUCCCUCCAAUGAUCGGCCUCUACUUCCCGUUUCCUUCCUAACGGGGAUCCAGCUGAGACUAUCAUCCCACCAACAUGCAUGCUGCUACUGCCGCCCUGCUCAUGGUGGGCUGCCCGCCGUUCUCUUUGGUCGUGGCCGUCACGGACUUCUCUCUUGACCUGCCGGGCGGAAGGUGACGGACAGUGCCGACCCUGUCUGGCUGUCCGCUUCGCAGGUCCUACGCUUUUCCCUUCUCUUGCUUCAGGAGCGGGGUCGGUGGCUCAACCUGACACCACAUUCUUCGUCGACUUGCACUCAUAUUGGCUCUUCUCAUGGAGGGGAUGAGUUGGCAAUCACAAUCCCUGCGAAGUUGCGUCCGCCCGGUUCGAACUCUCGCCUAUAAAAAGGUGCUCCAUGGCCCUCGAAAUCCUCCUUCCUCCUGCUUCCUUUCCCAUCACUCACCUCGAGACUCUCCAAGCCUUCUCUCUGCCCCCCUCAGCUAACUCCAUCACAUACUUUGACUUGACUGUUGCCAUACCCUUUGAUCUUCUUUCAGUCUAUUACUCCCUUCAUCAUGGCUACUCAUGUGUCUCGUCACCCUACCAGCCAUGCUGCUCCCCGCAAGACCCUACCCAUCACCAUGCCACCCAAGACCACAAGCUACAGUGCUCCCUACUCUAGGGCUAUGUCCCCUCCUGAGCUGUCUGACACCAGCACCUUCUAUGCUCCUAGUCGCACCUCCGCUGGUUCGUACUCGGCAAGGUCCAGCUACGCACCAAGCCACAGUGGCAGUGAUGGCGACUCGUACGCCUCAUACUCGGGUGUCGACAUCAUGGACGUUCUAAACGACAAGAUGAGCACCGCGUUCGACCCAAUUCGCAUGGAUCAUUCGUUGGUGACCCAGGCACAAACAUCUGGCGAGCUCAAUGCCAAACAGCGAGAACUGGAAGAAUUGCAGGCUUACGCUCAGCGACGCCUCAAGGCCGCAAAGGUCAAUUUUGCCGAGGGUUUGGACACUGUUCGAGAAAUCCGAAGGGAUCUUGAGUAUUCCUCCAAGAAAAUGGCCUCCAUCAAAAGCAAGGCUGAAAAGAAGCAUCCUGAGGCAUAUGCGAAAGCAAGCCGAAGUCGCCAUUCUUGAAACAAUCAUGAUACAACUUUGAUGAAGUGACGAAUUUCAUUGAUCUACUUUCUUCACGACUGUUCUAUCGCACAAUCUCUUCCCCUUCGACACCCAUUUCAAUCUGUCCUGGCGUGGAGAGGAGAGUCCGAGCGAUAUACAAAGCGGCACAUCAUUUCGCAAGCGAGGUCGAACAGCAGCAAAUCGGAAUGCAUCUUAAACACCGCACAUUCAUUCGUCGGGACAGUCAACAAACAGCCUUGGCAGUAUUCCGCCGUUGUCGUUGACGUGGCAGUUGGAUUAAGUUCCGCUCCACCCCACGAAUCUGGCCAAAUGGAUCGCUGCUUUUGCCCCGCAGCUUGCGGGCAGAUGGCGUGCAUGGCGCCAAUCCCAUUUUGCCCCAGAAAAUGAGAUGGCCAAAUCGCACUGCAGCGAUCGCCCUUUGCAGGCGGCCGAGCCGGCGACCGGGCGUGGUGUGCCACACGAGAGCCCAUGCAGGUACGCUUGCCAUUUUCACUCGUUUGGUACGACGCUCUUUCCGAUAUGAUUGGGUGGGUCAGCCCUCCUGGUCCGUUUUCUGCCCGGUGCAGCACCCAUUUUCAAUCACCGGACCUUGCAAUCUGCAGGUGAAGCAGGCCCCCAAAGCUGCAGAUGGUGUGGAGCUCUGGGUGUACUGGCUAAGCCAUAUUUGGGUUUGGGCCGGGGAUUUGAAGCCCUGGACAUGAGUAGGAGUGUGACUUGUUUUGAAGCUCGAAAACCCUGGGCAUUUCACAGGGCAUGGGGGCCUUAGUGAGAGGGAUCACGUUUUUAGGGUUUCUUUUGGUGAUGACAGACUGACAGGUUUUUCAUACCCUUGUAUUCGUGCCUUGAGGUAUUCUCUUUUUAUCACAAUCAAUACCCAUUGCAAACCUAGCCGGGACCGGCAACGAGUACGCGAGCGAAGGGAGGAGGUUCACAGGAGGUUCAUCCUCGACCAGGACUGGAAGCUCGAUAGGGGGGGGAUCAUGCGGCCUUGAGCUGCAUUGCCCCGUGGGCUGGCCCUCUUGUGGACGGCGCCUAGGAGCUCAAUGAAAGCUCUUGAUUCUGUGAUUUAUAGGCUCUAGCUUGACGACUUCUAGGCAGCCCCCCUGCUUAACCCAAGGGGGGCCCUGGUCUCUCGGACAAGGGGGUUGUUGAGGCUUCAAAACGUGCCUGGGGGUUUUCACCUCGAAGCGUCCGCGUGAGAGUCGAGUGGCUCUGGCAUGUGCCAUGGUCUCUCGGGCGCGAUGGACCAUGACCUUCUGGAGAGCCCGGUUGGAGUAUCUAGACCUUGGUAAUUUUCCUCGGCCCUAGGUCUCUGGGAAUCGCUUCGUAGGUCACGGUAGAAGCUCGUAGGUACAUUUGUAGCUAAUUGUACCCAGCCAUCGGGCCAUGACUGCUAAACAGGUCUUUGAAGGGCCUACGAUGACAAUGUAGAUAGGUCUAGGUUAGGGAGCACCUGUAAAUGAAUACUGUCAACAGAUA